AUGCAGCUCCCCGUUCGGUCGACGCUUCUUCUGCCUGUGGCUCUGCUGCUGCUCCAGUGGUGCGAGUCCCGCGCCUCGUCGGUGACUGCAGGCGCGCCGGAUCACUUGGUCACCACGGGCGGCGAGUGCGUCCGUUUGUUCCACACACGAGGAAGUAUCGGCUGCCGCAGUCUCUCGAGUACCGACAUGGCGACCCUGUACCCAAUUACGAGCUCGAAAGACCUGCAGAACUUUAUCGCAGGAAAAUCGCACUUGGUGGAUACCGACGACAAGUACGUGCUCGUGAUGGCCGAAUCGCUCGCGGAGUACGACGUGCUUUCGCCCGGUUUCGACCGCAUUGGCGGUCUCUUUAUCUUUCCCGAUGCCGGCGAUACGAACGCGUCGUUUGACGCGAGAGCCCCCCAAGGAGACGGCACGAUCGACGGAGUGCUGAACCCGUUUGCAGGUGACAAGACCAAGUGGAACCCGACGGGCAACGCGCUGUUGACAAAGCUUUUGCCGUUUCCCGUCGUGAUGCUGCAGAACGCCACAGUCGGCGCGGAGUUCACGAAACGCGCCCAGAAGAACGUGGACAAUGGCUCUGGCGCGACGUAUAGGGCGUUCAUGAACUACUACUUCGGACCGGCAGACAUGGACUCGAUCAAGUGCCUCACGUUCACCAAUAUAUACGGAAACCGCAGUCCCCGGUGCGACCCGAUUGGAGGACAGAGUUCGUGGGCCAUGAGGGGCAACUUGAAGUCGGACGAGAUCGUCAUGGCCAUGGCUGGAAUGGAUGCGACGUCGUUGUCGCAUGUGCUGGCACCGGGGGCCAACACGGCAGCGUCUGGACUUGUGGCACUGCUUGCAGCAGCUCAUGCGCUCAAGGGAGUGCCGGAUUCGGCCUUCGAUAAAAAGGUGGUGUUUGCAGCGUUUCAGGCCGAGAAGUAUGGUUUUGUCGGGUCGAGGAAGUUCCUGUCGGACCUGCACCGAUUCACGAAGGACCCGGAAGGAGCUUGUGCGUUCGCCGUCGAUGACUCCGUGUCGCCCAUGGGCAAGAGCUUUUGCACGUCGCCGAUGCUAAGUAGCACAGAGUUUGCUAAGUUGCAGCUCGCUAACAUCUCGUACGUGAUUGCAGUUGACCAGGUGGGCAUUCUGCCGAAGUCUGGCAACUUUACGGUGCACGUGAAUCCCAACGCGAACGAUUCCAGUAAUCUCGUGGACGCGAUUAUGCGCGCACCGUCAGCUGCCUCUGCUGUCACUGAGGGCAGCACAGGCUCUCUCCCCCCGACGCCGUUGACCUCAUUCGUGAAUGGCGGUGAGUACGGUAAGCGUGAUCUAGUAGGCGCGGUGCUAGCUGGAUAUGACGGCACGUUCUCUUCGAAGAGGACGUACAACAGUCGUCACGACGAGUUUACGCUCCUGGACGUGGAUGCAGUUGCAAAGGCUGCGCAGGUGCUAGCAGAGAGCGUGUUUAUCCUCGCUUCUAGUAAUGCCACAACUGCAGAGAUGGACAAGAUCGCAGUGGAUACGUCGCUGGUCAGGUCAAUGUUGUUGUGCAUCACGACGGACUGGAACUGCGACCUCAUGAACGACUACUCCCAGUACAUGAAGUCGACGCUGAUUGAGUAUCUGAGCCUGUCAGACUCGGCGUCUCCAGCUUACUCCGUGCCGACCACUUUGUACCCCGGUCCGAUCGACGUCGACGGCUCGAUGCUUGUUCUCAAACGUAGUGACGAGUCGAUGCAUUCGCUGUUCAACGAGUCGUGGUCCGACGCCGACUACACGGUGCGCCUCUUCCCGAACGCUUACGAGUUCUUCACUCGCGCGUUUCUGGCCUCUGCGAUGGUACCGAAUGCUACUGCUGCUGCUGCUGCCUCGUGCUCACAAAGUCAAGGUUGUCACAACGGUGGAAAGGGAAUGGAGUGCGUUCACCCGGGAAUUUGCGCUACGAAGAGUGCGUUCCAUCACGAAGCCAGCUCCCCAGCGAUCAAGCGAACUACGGCAGUGCUGCAUUACGACAUUGUUAACUCGUCGAUGCCGAUUUGGACCGAGCCUCAGUGGGCUUCUGACAUUGGAAGCUACUCGUUCCCGGACCCUGGCGCUGUCGUUGGGUGGGUGGCAUUGGCCGUCGGCGUGGUGGUGACAUGCCUGGGCGUCGGGGCUUCCUUCAUGGUGCUGAAGAGCGUGCAGAAGCUCAAGCUCAUGUGA